UUUGUGCGCGGAAUUCGAGAGGAUGAAUAUCCGGCGCGUGUCUGAGUAAUCAAGUGGAAAAAAACAGAUUUUCAAAUGUGAAUAAACCACCUUCGUGAUGCGAUUUUAGAAACCCGGUAUAUAAUCGCCGGUUGUGAAUGUCUUCUCCGCGAUUCAAAGAGCUCUUCGAAUUUCAACCAUUCGAGCGCGCGAUGUAAUAUUUUCGCGAUGGCGCGCAAAUGUAUCGGCAGAAAUCCGCGUUAAAGUAUACAUGUAUAUAUAUAUCACAACAUCGAAUUCUCUAUUCCCGACAGCUGUGUGAGCUUCGUAUGUGUGCGCGAGUUCUCCGGUUUGUGGGCGAUAUCUGAAAGCGAGGACUUGUCAUCAAUUUAUCUCGAGAGUGAGACGCGUGGAAACCCACGACGAUUUCAUUUGUGCGAGCGCGCGAAAUACGAAGAAAAAAAAUCGUGUAUUAAACAAAUUCAAUUUUCGAUAAAGAGGAAAAAAAGAAACGGGAGAGAAACUUGAAGAAAACGAGAUUCUCAAACUGCGAUUAAACGCGCGGGCAGUUUUAAUCCGGUUUAAUGCGAUCGUACGGACGUGAAGGAUGAAGCUUUUCAAGUUCCGCCACCGUAUUAUUUCGCGUACGAAUUCUUGAAGAUCUCUUUUUCUCGUAUCCACGAACGUGAUUCGCCCUACGUUAUUAAGGAAGUGCGCUGGAGCGAAGAGAAUAGGUUCUCGUCUUCGACGUCGUCGUCGUCGUCGUCGUCAUCGUCGUCGUCGUCGUCGUCGUCGAGAUGUCAGUGAUCCGCGAAAAAAAAUCAUUUUCCGCGGAUUCUGCGGAAUUGUGAAAGUUCGGUCUCUCGCUCACGACACCGCGAGUCGAUCGUAAAAAAUAAAAAAACUUACGACGACACGCCGGUGACACGCAGAAAUUUCUUCAACACGCAACCAACCACCAUCGGUGACAACCACUUCCUUGAUCGGAUGCUUGGAGAACUUUAGGAAAUAACAGUGUUACAACAUCGUCAAAAAUUAUAUGGUGAGCGAGUUGAAACAGAAACAUUCGUGAAACUGUAAAAAUACGAUCGCGAUAACAAUAACGUUGUUGCCGCUCCCUUACGUGACCGGACGAAGCGUGUUUUCCGCAAAAACGAUUACGCGAAGUGCCCCGUGUGGCGGAAAGUACUCCGUGAGGAUAACGCUCUUGGCUGACCAUUUGAUACGAGCCUUUUACUGUGCAAUUGCAGUUUUUCGGACACUUUAAGUGUCGCGUGAAGCGCGAAAAUAUUAACGGUAGUAGUUGAGAACGGGGAAAAAAAAAGAGAGUAUCAUAAAGCGCCGCUCCGCCGGAAUGUUCCGGGCGAAAUUGCCGCGAUAAAGUUUUGAUUGUGAUUAACCGCGUUGUUCGAAUAAAUCUUGUCAAACUCUCAUCUUAUCAGUCCGUAUCAACGUAUUUCGUCUCCUCUUAUCAGUCGUAUCAACGUUAAUUUCGGAAUCGGAAUAAAAAGUCGAGAUAAAAAAAAAAAAUUAAACGCGCAUUUAUUGCACGUACGAGAGUGCGAAACGUAGAAAAAUGUACGUCACGGAAUUACGCAAUUAGACGAGGAAACAUCGUGAGGCAGAGAUUUUAUUACCCUAAUUAGUCUUAAAACACGAUUAGAGACGAAAAAAUUUAUAAUUUAUCCGAAAUACGAAAACUCACACCGCGCGCGAAUGUAAAAUUGCUACUACGUGCGACGAAUGAAACGAGGUUCAAAUAAAAAACGUCGCGCUGUCUUCAGACGUGAAAAAAAAAUAAAAAAAUGAAUACGCGAUUACGGGAUCAACUGCGUAAAUAUUGAUUGACAUUCACGACGAGCGAUAAUCUUUGUCAGUGUCGAUUACACGCGCGCGCGCGGCGCUACGUCGAUUCGCGAAAACAAGAACUCGCGGUCGCGAAUGGAAAAGUGUCGACGACACGUCCAUUAAUUUCUCAUACGUACAUAGCGGCGCAAAGUUUUCCGCGAGUUCAAGCUCGAAAUUGGAACGGCGCGACAGGUGCGCGUAGUGAGAGAAGAUCGCACGCGAGACGUCGCGCGAGAGAAAAUAAAAUAUGCAUAGGAAUAAAAGCGCCACUGACAAAAAUAUCGAAGAAUUUCUUUAAUAAAUUCUCGCGAUCGCGAGAAAUUGUUGUAACGCGUCUGCAUCGCUUCGUAUCUUAGAUCAUCAUUUAUAUACUGUUCCUAUACGCAAGAGAGAGAGAAAGAGAGAGACAAGUGUUUAAAUACUCUCGGAUGUUGAUGAUCGCGAAUUCGGGAGCUCUUGAGAAACGAAGAUCGCGGUUCGCUCGUGAGAUCAAGGAGGAGGGCGUCGAGCAAAAGCAGUUGUGCCGAAAGUAGUUGGAAGAUAUCUCGCAACCAGUGAACCAAAGAAUUGUUCCCUUUUGUUUGGUCGCGUUUCUCGGUCCACUCGGCUUGAUAUCGCGCCAUUGUCUUCCAGACGGUUCUAUUCGGUGCUCCACGGUGAAAAAGCGAUUUCCUCGAUCGUGCGUACUUCACCAAGAAGACAAGUAAGGACGCAAGCAAGAUUUCCAUGGAAUAGCCACACUCUCACGAUGAGCAAUAUGAAGUUUUUUCGCGUUGCCCUGGCGCUCUUAGGAAGCACGCAUGUUCUGUGCGCACAGCCCUCGGCGUCUCCUACUGUGAAAACCGGUGGUUCCAGUAUCGCCAGCGUGGUAACAGGAAGCAACAAGCCCUUGAAAUCCAGGGACAAGCCUCAAUUCGACGAUAUCGCGCCACGGAACGUCACUGCCAUCGUCGGUCAGACAGCGGAGCUGAAUUGUUACGUCAAACAUCCGGGUGACCGCGUGGUCUCCUGGAUACGUAAGAGGGAUUUGCAUAUCCUGACGUCAUCGUCCCACGUUUACACGGGAGACGCAAGAUUUUCCGUCAAACAUCCCGACGCAACUGACGAAUGGACGCUGAAGAUCGAUUACGUUCAGCCGCGGGACGCGGGGGUUUACGAAUGCCAGGUUAACACCGAGCCCAAAAUGAACCUAGCCUUCAUGUUAAAAGUCGAAGCUGCUCAGGCAACGAUCCUGGGGCCCGAGGACGUCUACGUAAAGAAGGGUAGCACAAUAAGCCUCACGUGCGAAGUUAAUGUGCGAAGUACGCCUCCGAGCAGCGUUUCGUGGCAUCACGGAGGAGCUGUGGUGGAUUUCGACAGUCCCAGUGUUCACCGCAGGGGCGGCGUUUCCCUGGAGACGGAGAAAACGGAUACCGGCACGACGAGCAGACUACUGGUGACACAGGCCAGAUUGACCGACAGCGGAAAUUACACCUGCAUCCCCAGCAACGCGAAUCCAGCGAGCGUAAUGGUCCACGUGCUGAAUGGUGAACAUCCGGCGGCGAUGCAACAUGGCGGCAGUUGCGGGGUGACACCGACCAUUCUGCUCGCCAGCAUCACCCUCAUAGUCGCGAAUCUGUUGAGGUGAGCAGCCGCGUCGUGAAUCGCGCGCCCUAAAGUAAAUAAUAACCGUUAAUAGAAAGAAAGUUUAUAUUACACGUUUCAUGGAAAAAAAAAAAAAAGAAAAAAAACACGACGACGUCCGAGUGUAAGAACGCGCGACGAUCGAUCAUCAAAGCGGCGAUCGCGGAACGCGCGCUCGAAGAAAAAAAAAAACAAUCGCCCCCGGCCGAUCUUUUCGUGUGUGCGCCGCGACACACGAUCGCUCUCCGAUUCACGCGCGUCGCUGUCUCACGCGCGCUGUGUGUGCACACAAUUGCUCCCUCCGGUCUGUUCGAGACGCGACACAAGAGUCAUCACAGUGGACAACAAAAGUGCAGUGAACUAGACCAAACCUCUGUGUGUGUGUGUGUGUGUAUGUGUGAAGGACGCGGCGACGCAGUGGCGGACGAUCUUUUUAGCACGUACGUUUUUAACACACGAAACUCACACACUCCUACUCGCCCUUUUUUUACACGAAAUCAUUGUGUUAAAAUGUGCCUCGGCGAAAAGUGCCGGGCGAUUGAUACCCUUGCAAAGGUGUGCCCCGGCCGCAUUUGAGUGCGUCGUUUCACCGAGAAAAAUCUGUGCGCGCGCGCGCACUUUUGUAUUGUUUAUUAAAAAAAAAAAGAAAACAACAACAAUCGACAUGCGGCUCAAAACGAAUGUGCGCGAAAGGUCACUUAUACACUUUUAGCGAUAAAGGAACUGCUCAUUCUGCGAUCUCGUCGCGGGAGAACGCACUCUGUUAGGAUUUUUAAUUUACUCUCGAGAUAAAAAAGAGGAGGCCUCUCGUAAAUAAAUCAUUCCACGUAAUUGUUGAACGACGGCGCGCUUCUCGGCGGACGAAUCGCAGAUCGAUCUCCGACGUUUUUUUUUUUUUUUUUUUUUUUUCAAAUUGAAUAUAUCGAUGGCUGGAUCCGUUCGAUAGUUACGACGAUGAUGACGAUUACAUACACCGAAUCUGAGUUUAAAAUCCAACCGCGACACACACCGUGUCGCGAAUCGGUUGCGUAAUAAUAAUUUGUCAGACGCGAGACUCUUUGUACAUAUAAAAAUAUUGAGUGACGAGAACGUGUUGGGAAUCGCCGUGAUCUUGUUGUACAGUGCAAUGCGCGUGAUCAACGUCGUUCGAUCUGGAUAUUAUUUUAUAUAUAUAUAUAUAUAAUGAAUUAGAGACAAAUACUUGUGUUGUUUUUGCGCUUCUCGGGCGCGAUUUAUCGUCUUACUCAUGUUGAAUAAUUGUUUACGUCUCGGAUUACAUAAAUUACCGAUAAUUUGAUUCAACUUUCUUCGUUAAAUAUUUAUUAUUGCGAGAGAGAAUAAUUACUAACACACAGACCGAGAGAGCGAUUGCUGAGGCAAAAGCUGAUGCGAUGUUGAUACGUUCAGAGAACUGUGAGAAUGACUUAUUGAGAUAUGGAUUAUAAAUUAUGGAUGAGAUUAUAUUUUCAAUGUUUGCUAUGUCAAUAUUACGGCAAGAUAUUACUUGCGAUGGAGAUCGACGUAACUGUUUGUGCUUCAUCUCGAUUCAGAGAUGAAUAGAACCGUUCGAAGAAUUGGAAGUUUCUAUAUUGGAGGAAAUUUUCUUAUUUAUAGUUUAUAUAUAUUAAAUACAAAUUUUUAUCGAACACGUUGUUGCAAUUGCGCGAGUUUUCGCGAAAUUUUUGCGUUAAGCGAGAUAGAUUAAACUUUAAAUACAAAUGUUAUGCGAUCUCUCUGUGGAGACAACGCGGUUAUUUAAUUAUUUAAUUUAUUUUGAGAUACAAAACACAUGCGUUUUUGUAUCAACAGAACGUGUGUUUUUAUCUCAUUGAGAAAGAGUUGAUGUUUGCGUAAGCGGAAACCAAUUUCCACACAUAAAAUAUUAUUACAUUUUUUUGACAAUUACUUUUGUGAUACUUCAGUUAAUUAAUCUCCGCCUGCGCGAACGACUUGGUUUCUCACUUUGUACAAAAUUUACGAAAAAUUUUUUACAUGUCGAAAUAAUAAUAAUUUGUUUCGAGCGUUUGCGAAAAGUGCAAGAAGCGAUUAGAUUGUAUACGAGGUUAUAUAUAUCCGACGAAGAUGGAGAACGAGAGGAUUACGAGGACUGAUCAGGUUAGUAAUAAAAACGAUAAUAGAUUGGAUCUGUGUGUUCUCGAUAUGUUUCUGUUUGUUUCUCGCGGGGAUUUUAACGCUUAAAAAACGAUACACGCCGGAUUCUUGCUUGUUUUGUAUCUGUGUCGUUCGAUAAUCAAAAUAUACAUAUACGUGACGUAAAAACAAUAUUUCUCUUCUCUCCACGCACGAAUACACACACGUGUAAUUUUGCUUGCAGAAAUUCGUUUACACAUCCUGUUGUAAACGGCGUUAUUAAAAAAUUGCAUCAAAAUACUCUUCGGUCAAUCAAAACAAUACACAGUCAACGAUCGCGGACAACGGACAUUACAUUAAAAACAAAAAAAAAGAUAUUAAACACGACGAGCUCGUGCAUAGGUAAGUGAGAAUAUGAAAAGAUAAUACAUAUUUAUAUAUAUAUAUAUAUAAAUAUUUAAAUAGGCCAGUAAUAAGCGUUUGUUAUGAUAACAUUGUCUCGAUACGCGGAAAGUAUACUUCAAAAAAUUAAAGUGUAAAUAUAAAAAAACGGUUCUUUUGCAGAACUAAGACAUUUGUUUCAGUUUCCCCCCCCCCCCCCGAAAUUUCUCUUUGCGUAUCGAAUUAUCGACGUCGAUUUAAAUCAUCAAUCUUGAUCACUUUUUUUUUUUUAAAUUACAAGGAACGUAGGGUUUAGAUUUUUAACAUUAGAUUACAUUGUUUUUUUGCAUGCAAGAUAUCGCUCUCCGACAAUUUUUUCACGUGUACAAAGCAACAUUUUGGAGAAAAAAAACGAAAAUGUGACUUACUGCGUUUUGCGAGCGAAUCAAAUAAGUCUUGUACAUAGCUAUCGCGCGAUUCCAUGCUGAUAAAGAGUUUUGAAUUAAAAUACUGAUAUAAAAAGAGAAAAAAUAAGAGAUUUCAGACCACUCUCUAGUUUUUAUUAAAAUGUAUUAAAUUACACGACGGUCUUCCGAUUUUUCUAUGACAAAUUUUUCCAUUACAUUCGUUUAUACGCGCAUUGCAUUGAAAUUGCAUUAACUAAUCAAAUUUUCGACAAAGAACAAUUUUUUUAAAUCACUUUUCAAUUACUUUCGUAUAGCUGUUCAUUUUUUUGUUUCUCGAGAGAAGAAUACGAGAGAGAAAACAAAAACCCUGAAAUCUGAUCAUUAGAUAAUCCAAUGUACGUAAUAUAGGAUAUAUUAGCGGUAAAUCACUAGAUUAGUAGAUUUAUUACGACGUACGGAAAAAUGUAUAACACGAGUAAAGAAAUAUAUAUCAUAACGAUUACUAUGUUAAGGCGCGCGCAAUUUAUCUUAGUACCCAUAGAUUUUUUAUAACAAUGUAGCUCGAGGACAAAACAAAAACCCGACACACAAAUUAGUAUCCACUUGCCGUUGGUGAGAUCGUCGAGUGCUUCUCGCGAGUUUAUUUGUUGCCGAACGAUCCUACGAGGUGACUCGCGCAAAUUACGCGCAAAGAGGCGUGGAGAAAAAUUAAUUGAUAUAAUAAUCGCGCGCGGUGAACAAAGUAAAAAAAAAAAAAACGUCAAGGUUUUUCAAUCAAAAACGUCGAACGAUAUAUGUAUAUGCGGGAAUCAAAAUACAAUCUGUAGGCAAACUCGGUUCAAUCAAAAAGUUUUCACAUUUUCGUGCGAUUCGUUCAUUCUCCGUUUCUGGGACUUCUCGAACGUACCUACAUGUAUGUAUAUUGCGCUGUGAUUUUUCACAGCGCACGCGUAUAAAGCUCAAUCCUGUUAUUCGAUAAUAAUUUUGCUCUCUAUGUACGCAUCAUACGAAAGUGAUCAAACAGAAAAAUAUCGAGAGAAAUGUAUCUAUUUGUGAAUUAGAUAACUGAUAUCCGCGCGAUUCGCAUAAUUACGGAAUGUUGCACUAACAUAGGGUAAGAGACUAGACCGCAUUGUACAUAAAAUUCAUAAUCGAUGAUGUAUCAUGUUAUAGGGAAAUUUAAGCAUGAAUCAAAAAA